CUUGCUGGCGCUGCACACCAUCUGGUUGCGGGAGCACAAUAGGCUUGCAGAAAGUUUGCGCAAUCUGAAUCCACACUGGUCAGGCGAUCGGAUCUACCAAGAGGCGCGUAAGAUAGUCGCUGCCUGCAUGCAAGCCAUAACCUUCCAGGCCUGGCUGCCUCACGUGUUUGGUCGCAAAGGUCUCGAGAGGUUGGGCGGUUCUCGGUAUCCAGGCUACGAUGACCAGGUGAACCCAACCAUUAGCAAUGAGUUCGCAACUGCGGCCAUGCGGUUUGGUCAUGGCAUGAUACCACCUUUCGUAUUUCGUCUGGGCCCCGAUUGGCGCCAACUCGAGGCCGGACAUCUGAUGUUACAUCAGGCCUUCUUCGCCCCAGACCGCAUCGUCUCCGAUGGCGGCAUUGACCCUCUGCUUCGCGGCCUCCUCUACUACGGCAUCCGCGACACCAGCCGCCGACCGCCGCUCAACCCCGAACUGACUGAACAACUCUUCGCCAUGGCACACGAACUGGCCCUUGACCUGGCCUCUCUGAACAUUCAGCGAGGCCGAGACCACGGCCUGCCCGGCUAUACAGAGUACGCCUAUCGCGUCUGUCACCUAGGAAACUCGUCCUUCCCGGACAGCUUUGAUGCUCUGAGCGAGCGCAUUCCAGACGCCAACAUCCGCGAACGCCUGCGCCGUGUAUACGGUCAUCCGGGAAACAUAGACCUAUUCGUGGGUGGGAUUCUUGAACGAGUUCUGCCCGGCGCUCAGGUAGGACCGACGUUUGCCUGCAUCCUGGCCGACCAAUUUCAGCGUCUCCGGAUCGGCGACCGGUUUUGGUACGAGGCACCCGGCGUCUUCACGACUGCCCAGCUUGCUGAACUGCGUCGAGCUGGAAGCAGUCUUGCUCGUGUGAUAUGCGAUAAUGCAGACAACAUCACUGAGGUGCCUAAGGAUGCCUUCUUGCGGCCGCAGGGGGGGCGAAAAGACCUAGUGUCAUGCUCUCGAGUGCCCAGCCUCAAUCUGGCCGCCUGGAAGGAAUGUCCUCUGGCC